AUGAGCGACGACAAAGAAUUAAUUUCUUCUUUAGCGGAAGCAAUUGAAGGAAACAAUUACUUACUCACUGAAAUUCUUGUUCGUGUGCCUCUCAGAGAUGUCAUAACUUUUAAACGUGUCUCCAAGCGGUGGCUCUCACUCAUCUCCGCCCCUUACUUCUCUCGCAUCCGCACCACCGUCCAAAGAACAACAGUCUCCGGUGUGUUCCUAAAUCCCGGCAUCAAUCCUGUAGACCCUGAAUUAACAUUCUUCUACUUGGAUAAAAAAAUUCGCAGAUUUCGUCCCAAAAUUCCCGAUAAUUCUUCACGGAUAUUACAAUCUUGUAACGGCUUGAUAAUGCUCUUCCAUCCAGGGAAAGACGUGUUUAUGUAUAACCCCACCACCGGAGCCAAGAAACUCUUGCCGCCGCCCUUUCCAUCCUUUGAUGAAUCAUCUUUCGCGUUUUACUCUUUGGCUUUUGAUCCCUUGCGAUUUUUUGGUUAUAAGCUUAUCUGCAUUUUUAAGUCUUCAAAGGAAGACUUCUACCAAACCAUGAUUUACUCCUCGGAAUCUGGUGCUUGGAAGCACUGCGGUUCUUCCUUCUCGGCUCCCUACGACAUGGAUUUUACACAUGGUGUUUAUUUCAAGAACUCAGUUUACUGGAUCAGCAUCAACACCAAAACGACUUUGCGUUUUGAUCUGAACAAAGAGUGCGUGAAGGAUGACAUGCCUCCUUUACCACCGCAACCUCCUGAUCAUAAUGUCGCUGAUCCUAGUUACUUGAAUUUCAUGAGAAUUUACUCAGGAUUUGAUAAUAAUAGAUAUGGAUACAUUCUUGCACCUGCGUGCGGUUACAUGAAUUUGGUUAUAUUUGACUAUGAAUUCUGUAUAAGCGUGUUCCAGUUGAAGGAAGAUUCUUCUUCUUCUUCUUCGUCAAGGUCGUGGGUUCUUAUGUAUAGCGUUGAUCUUCGACGCACAAAUCUUGAAACUGUUUUUCAUGUAAAUCUUAUUGAAAACUACUCUUUUGAAGGGUAUGAAUACAGUAUAAUUCAUCUCAUUGAAGAUGGGGAAAAUGAGAUGGCUUUGUUAUUGCAGAGACCGGACAAAGUUAUUACUCUGCGGUUAAAGGAUCAUACAUAUUAUGAUGUGUUUGACAUAAAAAUAAAAAGAAAUCCCCGCCAUUAUUGUAGUUUUCCAGGAGUUAUGGGGUGGUACAGAGCCUUUGAAUACGUUGAGAGCUUAGCUUGUGUUUAG